UGGGGCGUGGCUCAAUGUUUGUCUUCUCGAUGAGCCAGUUCCUGCGGCUUCUGCGCCUAGGGGCGGACUCGCCGAAGUUGCCGCUCUUCGGCUCACUACUGGACGUGGGUGCGGGCGACGGCAACGUGACGGCAGCCAUAGCGCCCCUGUUCGGCCAGGUAGACGUGACCGAGAAGUCGCCGUCCAUGCGACGCGUGCUGAGUCGGCGUGGAUUCCGAGUGUUGGACGCUGCGACGCUCAGGCCUGCCGAUGGAGACGACGACGGGGAAGAGCAACUGUACGACGUGGUCUGCUGCCUGAACGUCCUAGACCGCUGCGAGACUCCGCUGGGGCUGCUGCGCACGCUCAGGGCUCGGCUUUCAAACCCCUCGGGCAGGCUGGUGCUUGCGCUGGUGCUGCCGCUGUCGCAGUACGUAGAGUCCGGCAAGUGCGGCGCCAAACCGCUCGAGACACUGUACGUGCGCGGUUCGACACUGGAGCAGCAGGUCCAGUCGCUUUACAAGCACGUGUUGGUGCCUGCUGGGUUCAUCUUGGAGUCCUGGACCCGACUUCCCUACCUCUGUGAGGGCGACCUCGAACAGGCCUAUUACUGGCUGGACGACGUCGUCAUGGUGCUCCGAGCUGCCGACACGCAUGGAGAUGGACCGUCCUGACGCGUUACGCUGUCUAGAACCGAUAGCAUCUAGAACAUCAUUAUUCAAUACAUGGCGCACCGCAGCCUUACUCUUGCAGCAGCUGGGCUUUUUUUUUUCUUUUUUUUUUUUAAGUGAAGUGCGGAUGUAGUACCAGGAGGCAACGGCAGAGGUUCUUUUUUUUUUCAUUGUGCCGAUAGUUGUACUGUAGAGUUUCCUAGAUCGAUUACUAGAGGGGAACUCUGGCGCUAGUGUAUAUGCGAGCUGCAAGCGUGACGGUUCAGCCAGCAUGGGAAUUGUGUGCAGUACGUGGACUUGCCUAAACUUUCACCUUAUUGCUUCAUACGGGUUUUUUACUUUAAAAAACCGGUUAUUUACAACUAUAUAUUAGGCCAUAAAUGCAACUGUUUGUAACAAUAUGCACGUGCACAGAUACUAAUUGCUUCACGCUUUCAGAAAAUACGAACGCUCAGGUACUUAGCAAGAUAGUGGGGUAGUACCGAUGUUGCCUCCUCUACUGAUGCCUAGAUUUAGCAGCAUUUAAAAAGAUGAAGUGUCAGACAAAAAUAGUUUUUAAUGUAAAAAUGUACUAUUGUUACUAGUAGUGAUCUAUAUUUGCCUUCUUCGACGUUAACAAGCACAAGCGCCUUCUAUAUGAUCAAUCAGUAAUCGUUUCCGGUUUCUUUUUCCUGCAGACAACUGCAGUGAUGUGAUUGCUGCGCCAAUUGGGCCAAACUGUGCCAAAAGGUGUUACCUGCUACAUCCUGCUACAUUUCGGCAGAAAUCUCAUCAUUUUUGCCGAGCGUGCUCCAAGACAUCAUUUCUGCAGUCCUUUCGGAGAGAAAAAAAGAAAGAAAGAUGGCAGGCGCUCGGAUUACAUACUUAAGUUAUCGUUGCAAUAAUUGUGGUCAUUGGAGCAGACAUGCGAGAGCUGUGUAGUUAUAAAAAUCUCUCAGGGCCAACAACUAUGUACUAAACAGA